AUGGGUCGUAUGCAUUCUUCUGGUAAGGGUAUCAGCUCUUCUGCCAUUCCAUACUCUAGAAACGCUCCUUCUUGGUUCAAGUUGUCCUCUGACGAGGUUGUUGAGCAGAUCAUCAAGUACGCCAGAAAGGGUUUGACUCCUUCUCAGAUUGGUGUUAUCUUGAGAGACGCUCACGGUGUUUCCCAGGCUAAGGUCGUCACCGGUAACAAGAUCUUGAGAAUCCUCAAGUCCAACGGUUUGGCUCCUGAGAUCCCAGAGGACUUGUACUUCUUGAUCAAGAAGGCUGUUUCCGUGAGAAAGCACUUGGAGAGAAACAGAAAGGACAAGGACUCCAAGUUCAGAUUGAUUUUGAUCGAAUCCAGAAUCCACAGAUUGGCCAGAUACUACAGAACCGUUGCUGUCUUGCCACCAAACUGGAAGUACGAGUCCGCCACCGCUUCUGCCUUGGUCAACUAA